CGCUGCAGUGUACUGCGAAUGUUACACACAGAUUUAGACUGUUGUGAGGCAGCACGGUCUGAGGGAUUGAAGUCUGCAGCGAUGAUUCAUGAUUCUCAGCCGCUUCGAGGGCGCAGCCAGAUACAAGAUUUAGUGUGAAAUAGCUUCCAAGGUGGAACUAUUAUUAAUCCAAAUCUCCUUUCUGUCUCAUUCCCUGUUCGCGUCUCGGCUUCGCUUUGUGCCCAGCAGACUGGCAGACGCCGCAUUAAUGUGAUCAACUCUCCGGAGCUGCCGGCGCUAUUCUCUGUCGGCCUUGUUAACCCGCUUCCCGUGGGAGGACCAGCCGAGAAAGGGAUCGGGAUUAAAGCUGGAAGACCAAGAGAAGGACUCGGAGUUCUUCCGCAAUACCACAAUGGCUUUGCAUACAAGGCUGCUGCCAUUUGAAAAAUAGAAGGCCAUCAUGACCCAGUCUAAUGAAUUGUAUGAAAAACUAAGAUUUGGAGGGUGGAUCUGGACCACAGACCUCACCGUAUUCAGAUUCCCUGAGGCGAUGGAUUCUGCUCUGUAUUCACCAAUUGUCGCUUGAGCUGCAUCCACUUGCGCAUCCGCUCGCUCCUGUUUGGCCCUCCCACUUGCCUGUUAGCUCAUCGCUUACUCACUCUGGUUCUUGCUGGCACCAGAAUCAGUCAGACCUCUGCAUCUGCAUCUGUCAGCUGCUCCGUGGAGAGACAGAAGAUUUAUCAGGAUGGUAGCCGAGGCAGAGUCGACGUCUAAAGGGGGCGAAGUGAGGUUGAAGCAGGAGAUCUCGCUCCUCCACGGGGUCUGUCUCAUCGUGGGGAACAUGAUCGGCUCUGGCAUCUUUGUCUCACCAAAGGGCGUUCUCAUGUACACUGGCUCUUUCGGCUUGUCGCUCAUCAUCUGGGCUGUCGGAGGAGUUUUCUCAGUCUUCGGGGCUCUGUGCUACGCUGAGCUGGGCACCACCAUCCGGAAAUCUGGGGCCUCGUACGCGUACAUCCUGGAGGCUUUUGGUGGCUUUCUGGCAUUUAUUCGGCUGUGGACGUCUUUGUUGAUCGUGGAGCCCGCAUGUCAAGCAGUCAUUGCCCUGACCUUCUCCAGCUACCUGAUCCAGCCAUUUUAUCCCACCUGCUUUGCCCCCUAUGUAGCCGUGCGCCUCCUCGCUGCAGCCAUCAUAGGUCUGCUGACUGCUGUGAACUGUAUGAAGGUCAAGUGGGGGGCCAUUCUUCAGGUUGUCUCGACCGUGGCUAAAGUACUCGCCCUCAUCGUCAUCAUCAUCGCUGGCCUGGUUAAGUUGGGACAAGGUGUGGAUCAGAACUUCGAAGACUCCUUUCGUGACUCCAAGCUGAACCCUGGUGACAUGGCCUUGGCCCUGUACUCGGCCCUCUACUCCUACUCGGGGUGGGACACGCUGAACUUCAUCACUGAGGAGAUAAAGAACCCGGAGAGAAAUCUGCCUCUGUCCAUUGCCAUUUCCAUGCCCAUUGUCACGGUGAUUUACAUCCUCACCAACGUGGCCUACUAUGUUGUCAUGGAUGUGGACCAGGUUCUCAGCAGUGAAGCUGUGGCUGUGACGUUUGCUGAUAAAGUUCUGGGCUGGGCUCGCUGGUUGAUCCCUCUGUCCGUGGCCAUUUCCUGCUACGGUGGUCUCAACUCCUCCAUCAUUGCUGCGUCCAGGUUGUUUUUCGUUGGCUCUCGGGAAGGACACCUCCCCAAUGUCCUGUGCAUGAUCCACAUCAAGUGCUUCACGCCCAUUCCUGCUCUGCUUUUUAACGGACUGAUGUCGCUGAUCUACCUCUCUGUGCCAGACGUUUUCCAACUGAUCAACUAUUUCAGUUUUAACUACUGGCUGUUCAUCGGAAUGUCAAUCGCCAGCCUCAUUUACCUUCGCUUCGCCGCUCCGGAUCUGCACCGACCGGUCAAGCUGUCCCUCUUCUUCCCCAUCGUCUACUGCUUAUGCAGCAUCUUCCUGGUGGUUGUUCCUCUCUACAGCGACACCAUCAACUCGCUGGUGGGCAUCGGCGUGGCCCUGUCUGGAGUUCCUGUCUACUAUAUCUGCAUCCACCUCCCCCCGAGCUCCAGGCCUGCCAUCCUCAGAAGAAUCCUCAAUACCAUCUCUAUCUACACUCAGAAACUGUGCCUGUGCUGCGUGGCCUCGCCUGAUAUCGACCUGGACAACAUCGACCCGGACAAGCUGGAGUGAAGUCACUGCAGUCCAAAAGCCGCUGGCUGUAGGGAAGUAAAACUAUGCAGGAUUUCAGGUGGAAGAAUGGAAAGCUGAACGUUCCCCUCAUACAACCCCUUCAGAAACACACAAGCAGCGUCACCUGCCUCGGAGCGACACACUGUUUUCUUAAUAGGUUCACUAGAUGCUAAGUUCAUUUAUAGAGGUUGUUCUGUCACAUGUGAAGGAGUCAGUGGGAUUUACUUGUGUGAAUCAGAGAUGCUCUGACCUUCAUUACCCGUACAGGGCUUGUUUUUCCUCUGAAUGUGCAGGUGGAACAAGCCUCGUGGCUGCCUCACACUAUCUCUGUUCACACCAGCUGUUUACAAGCCAGAAUGCCACCAGAAGUGUUUGGUUUUAUUUUGAAAGUGUCAUGUUGGCUCAUAGAUUUAUUUAUAUAUAUUAGGGUGUUACAGAUAUGACCAAUCAUCAGCAAACUUUAGCGAUAUAAUUUUACUGUUUUUCACGGUUUGAUCUGACGUUUCCUCCUGGUUGCUCCUAUCUGGCGCCCUCCACUGGUAGAAUGAGGUCAUCACCGUCUGACUUGCACGCACACCGGUGAGAGUGACGUAACUAAAUGUAGUUCUUACUGUUGUGACUUAGCAGUUGUAAAAGCUGUAGAAUGUGGUCUAUACAUUUGCAAACCUCAGGACUAAGUACUUCUGCGUGAAGCGAAGAAUAUCGUCGGUGAUGACUAUCUAUGAUAUAUUGGCUGAAUUCUUCAUGUACCGUAAUUAUAUCAAAGUUACCGGGGUUAUUUAUGUUGACACGUUUUGUACAAAAUUCUCAACAAUAUUUGGACACCUGUGGUCCACGUGAAGGUAGCCGUGUUGGCCACUUGUUUUAGAAUAUUUCUAGUCUUGUGUUCUUGUGUGGAUAUUUAAUGUACUGUUGCCUUCUGGAUCUUAAAAUGUAUCACUUCACCAAAGUCUCAGCCAGAGUGAAAGUGUGUUUGUGUGUAGUGGGGAAUUUGGCUUCUAAGUGUGUAGAUGUGUGAGCUACUUAUACAGUAUAUUUUUUUAUAUCUUUCACCCAGCAUAGUUGUGAGUAAUUCUGAAAUGUAUGUGCCUUCUGUAGACGUAACCAGCUGAGUCCGUCUCUCGCUGAGCAUCCAGUAGUCUGUGUGACCACGCCUUAUUGAGAUUCAUGUCACGUGCAGCCAAAUGAAGCACAUUUAUACUUCCAUGUUAUUUGUAUCAGGCCAAUGAUGUCUCGAAACUGUGGUGUGGGAAAGUGUGUCCAACGUUGGUACUGGGGCCGGUGAAGAUGGAAGAAAGGUAUUUGGGGCCGGGUGUGCGUGUGGGUCUGUCUGACCAGUUGAGCCAUUUUCGUUGCCACUUUAGUGAGUGAAAGUCGCAGUCAUUUGUGUAUCGCUGCCUUUUUAGAUGAUUAUUAUUGAUGUUUUAUCGUAACAAAUGACUGCAAAUUUUUUGUUUUGUUUAGGUGGUCAGAGUGGUUUUCCUGACACAUUCGGAGUAACCUUCACUGCACUGCACAGUGUUUUACUUUAUUACAGCUCACAGUUAAGAAGCUUGACAGCCCUCUCUUUUCCUCCUCUUCACUGGUCCUAAUGUACCGCUGUGGAACUUUCAUAUCGUAAGCUAGCUUUACAAAUGUUGCAGUCAAUGGUCGUCUUCUUUGGGUCAACACGUGUGUUUCUGGAGUCGGGUAGUGUGUGUGUGUGCAAUUUGCCAUUUUAUUUAUUGUACUUUAAACGGAAAAAGGCACGAGGCCCUCUAUAUUCAGAAACCUCUUCUGGCUGUUUUGUGUGUCCACAUUUGAA